GGCGGGGCUGGGACAGAAUGUUAUAAAGCUGAGGUGCAGGCGAGGCAGCUGUCCCUGUCCACACGGCCCCCUGGUCCCAACUGCUGCCAUGGCCACCCACCGCCUCGUGAUGGUCCGACAUGGUGAGAGCACAUGGAACCAGGAAAACCGCUUCUGUGGCUGGUUUGAUGCAGAGCUGAGUGAGAAGGGAGCUGAAGAGGCCAAGAGGGGGGCUGUGGCCAUAAAGGACGCCAAGAUGGAGUUUGACAUAUGCUACACAUCAGUGCUGAAGCGCGCUAUCCGCACCCUCUGGACCAUUCUGGAUGGAACAGACCAGAUGUGGCUGCCUGUGGUGCGUACCUGGCGUCUCAAUGAGCGACACUAUGGGGGUCUCACAGGCCUCAACAAGGCGGAGACAGCUGCCAAGCACGGGGAGGAGCAGGUGAAGAUCUGGAGGCGGUCCUUUGACAUCCCGCCACCCCCCAUGGAUGAAAAGCACCCCUAUUACAGCACCAUCAGCAAGGAACGCCGGUAUGCAGGCCUGAAGCCUGGGGAACUGCCCACCUGUGAGAGCCUCAAGGACACCAUUGCCCGGGCCCUGCCUUUCUGGAAUGAUGAGAUUGCACCCCAGAUCAAGGCUGGCAAGCGGGUGCUGAUUGCAGCCCAUGGGAACAGCCUGCGGGGCAUCGUCAAGCACCUGGAAGGGAUGUCAGACCAGGCCAUCAUGGAGUUGAAUCUGCCCACGGGGAUUCCCAUCGUGUACGAGCUGGACCAGGCACUGAAGCCCACCAAGCCAAUGCGCUUCCUGGGUGACGAGGAGACAGUACGGAAGGCCAUGGAGGCUGUGGCUGCCCAAGGCAAGGCCAAGUGAGAGGGAUGGCCCUCAGGGCAAUAAAGGCACCUCCUCCCACCA